GCCGGAGACAGGCAGGGGGAGGCGGCGAGGCGCCCCGUCCGCCCCGGAGGAGGCCAGCCCCGCGCGGCGGCGAGCGGCGGGGGCCGGCGGGAGAUCACACUCACUAUUCACAACUGGAAGGAAAGGAAGAAUCUCUUGACUCUGGACUUCAAGGAAAUCAUUAUGUUGUAUUGGAUGAGUUUAAACUAGAGAAGACUUCUUUCUGAAUCACUUCUGGAAAGUGAACGUGCCUGAGGAGAGGGGAACACAAGAGAAGAGAAACAAUUGAACAUCACCGUUGGCCAAGACCUGAAAAAAUGGUGCUGAAUGAACAGAGGAUUAGAACUUCAUUGUAAAAGGGAAGUAAAGUCUUGGCAGGCGAUUCACUUCAUUUCCACAUUCAUCAUGGCCCAAAUCCUCUGGCUGGCUGGUUGAUGGGACUGUCCAACACUUCCUACUUAGGUUCAGUGCAGAACCCCUCUGUCUACAGAUCAAAAGACCUGUGAUCAGGUGGGAACUGGAUGGUGCCAAAUACAGGAAUGGAAAGAGAAAUGGACUCUGACAAGCUAAGAUGGAAGUAACUUGACAGCUUCAAGCUCUGCAGUUGUCUCCAGUAAGGACAGGUUAAGACGGGAAUCUCAAGCUUCGCUGGGAGAGCAGUAUGCAGGAAGCUGGUUUUCAGGCCACAAAUGCUUUCACAGAGUGCAAAUUCACCUGCGCCAGUGGUAAAUGCUUGUAUCUUGGUUCAUUGAUUUGUAACCAACAGAAUGACUGUGGGGAUAACAGUGAUGAAGAGAACUGUCUGCUUGUAACAGAGCAUCCACCUCCAGGCAUCUUUAGCUCUGAACUGGAGUUUGUUCAAAUCAUCAUUAUAAUUGUGGUUAUAACUGUUAUGGUGGUAGUGAUCAUCUGCUUGUUGAACCAUUACAAACUCUCGACACGCUCCUUUAUCAACCGGCAGAGCCAAAGCAGAAGACAGGAAGAAACUUUGCAUACGGAAGGGUGCUUGUGGCCUUCAGAGAGCUCGGUUUCACGCCAGGGUGCUUCAGAGAUCAUGUAUGCUCCAAGGUCCAGGGACAGGUUUACCACCCCAUCUUUUAUGCAGCGGGACCGUUUCAGUCGUUUCCAGCCCACUUACCCUUACAUGCAGCAUGAGAUUGACCUUCCUCCGACCAUCUCCCUCUCUGAUGGAGAAGAGCCGCCACCAUACCAAGGCCCGUGCACCCUGCAGCUCCGGGACCCAGAACAGCAGAUGGAGCUUAAUCGGGAAUCCGUCAGGGCACCACCCAACCGAACCAUUUUUGAUAGCGACUUGAUAGACAUCUCCAUGUACAAUGGGGGCCCCUGCCCACCAAGCAGCAAUUCGGGCAUAAGUGCAACCAACUAUAGCAGUAACGGAAGGAUGGAAGGACCACCCCCGACAUACAGCGAGGUCAUGGGGCAUUACCCAGGCUCCUCUUUUUUCCAUCACCAGCACAGCAACGUGCCUCCUUCCUCACAGAGGGGGAGCAGACUUCAGUUUCAGCAGAACAAUUCAGAGAGCACAAUAGUCCCCAGCAAAGGCCAAGACCGGAAACCAGGAAACCUGGUCUAAAAGUUACUCGUAAGCCCAGGUGCAUUUGAACUGAAGACAAGAGUUUGAAGCAGGGCGGUGGAGGAAGGUCCCCCCCAUGCUCCAGUGCACAAUGUUGCGUUUCACGUGGUACAACUUAGUAAAACCAAACGUGCAAACCA